AUGUACAAGAGAUAUUUCUCCACCUCUCUCAAAACAAACCAACAGGCUCUAAAGAAGAUUCUUGAAGAGAAGACUUAUCAAGUAACUACUUAUGCAAGACCUUCUGAUUUAUGCAUCACAAGAGGCCUUAACGCCAAGUUAUUUGAUGAUUUCAACAAUAAGGAAUACAUUGAUUUUACUGCCGGUAUUGCUGUGACGGCAUUGGGUCAUGCAAACCCUAAAGUUGCUGAAAUUUUGCAAACCCAAGCUACUAAGCUUGUACAUUCAUCAAAUUUAUAUUUCACAAAAGAAUGUCUUGAUUUAAGUGAGAAACUGAUAGAAAAGACCAAGAAAUUUGGAGGCCAACACGAUGCAUCUAAAGUUUUCUUAUGCAAUUCCGGUACAGAAGCCAAUGAAGCGGCUCUAAAGUUUGCAAAGAAACAUGGUAUUACUAAAAAUCCCAAAAAACAAGGUAUAAUUGCUUUCGAAAACUCAUUCCAUGGCCGCACAAUGGGUGCACUUUCAGUAACAUGGAAUAAGAAAUAUAGAACACCAUUUGGUGAUCUUGUACCUCAUGUGUCAUUCCUGAACAUAAAUGAUGAACUAUCAAAGAUAAAGGACUUUAUCAAUACCAAGAAAGACGAAAUCGCUGGUCUUAUCAUUGAACCUAUUCAAGGUGAAGGAGGUAUAUUUCCAAUUCCAAUUGAGAAACUGGUAGCUUUGAAAGAAAUAUGCCAAAAGAAUGAUAUAAUUGUUAUCUAUGAUGAAAUCCAAUGUGGCCUAGGCCGUACUGGUAACUUAUGGGCCCAUGCAGCUCUACCAAAAGCUGCUCAUCCAGAUAUUUUCACUUCAGCUAAAGCGUUAGGUAAUGGUUUCCCUAUUGCUGCCACUGUUGUGAAUGAAAAGGUCAACAAUGCCCUGCAAGUUGGUGACCAUGGUACAACUUAUGGUGGUAAUCCUUUGGGAUGUGCUGUUAGCAAUUAUGUAUUGGAUGUUAUCGGAGACCAAGCGUUCUUGGACUCUGUAACAAAGAAGGGUGAAUUAUUGAAGAAGGGUCUAUUGAAGAUCAAGGAACAACACCCAGACAAGAUAUCCGAUGUUAGAGGUUCAGGCUUGAUAUGGGGUGUUGAGUUCAAGGACGCUCCAGGUGCUAUUGUCCAAAAAGCCAGAGAACUUGGUCUGUUGGUUAUCACUGCCGGUAAAACUACAGUUAGAUUUGUUCCAUCAUUGACUAUUGAAGACGAAGUAGUAGAGGAAGGAUUAACCAUUUUCAACAAGGCAGUUAAUGACGUCUUCUCAAAAUAA